AUGACUGUUCCGACCCAUCUCUACCUAAGAGAUCUCUCCUCAUGCUUCAAUUUAGGUUGUUAUCUUUGGGAUACUGAUGGAAAAAUGUACUAUGAUUGUAUAAGUGGCCAAUCUGUCCUAAAUCAAGGCCAUUGCCAUCCUCGACUAGUUAAAGUUAUGCAAGACCAAUGUCAACAAUUGACUUUAACAUCACGUGCAUUAUAUACGACUGCGUUGGGGGAAUAUGCAGAAUACUUGACUAAAUUAUUUGGAUAUCAAAAAAUGAUGCCUAUGAAUUCUGGUAAAAAUAAAUACGUAAACUCUCGUUAG